GUUCUCGUUUACUUAUUGUUCUUCCCCUGUCUCAAGUUUUUUCCAGGAUUAAAUACUCCUUUUUCUCUUUCAAUGAUUCAAUUUCUCGGUUCCCGCAAAAGCAGUUAAUGCUCCCCGGCCUCAACUCGCUGACCCUUCUCAUCAAUGAUCGAUCUCUUCCAUCUCCCUACAUAUUAUCAUCAUCCAUACACCAUAGUCAAUACCCCAAUUUAUUUCUCUCUCACUCUGUGAUAGGAUUCGUUCGUCAGGUAUGAGAUAACCUGAAGAUUAAAGACUUUGUUUCAUUGAUCCGUUGCUGUACGUAGUUGGUAGUGGCGGUGGCGCCGCAGUGGCGGUGGAGUUGCAGGAAACAAGAAGUGGGCGUUGGGAAUUAAGAUGGGUAGAACGCCGUGCUGCGAUAAGCAAGGACUGAAGAAAGGGCCAUGGACUCCCCACGAAGACGAGAUUCUUGUCUCCUACAUCUCUAAGCACGGCCAUGGCAGCUGGCGGUCUCUCCCUAAGCUAGCUGGUCUUCUUCGCUGUGGGAAGAGUUGUAGGCUUCGGUGGACGAACUAUCUUAGGCCAGAUAUUAAACGUGGCCCCUUUACUGCUGAAGAAGAAAAGCUUGUCAUACAGCUGCAUGGCAUUCUGGGCAAUAGGUGGGCUGCCAUUGCCUCUCAACUACCGGGAAGAACUGACAAUGAGAUAAAAAACUUAUGGAACACUCACCUGAAAAAGCGCCUCCUUAGCAUGGGUCUUGACCCACAAACUCACGAGCCCUCCUCAAUCUCAUGUGGACUGACCAGAAAAGCUCCUGCAUCGCCUUCCACUCGUCACAUGGCUCAAUGGGAGAGCGCCAGGCUUGAAGCUGAGGCUAGGCUUUCCAAGGAGUCGUUACUCUUCAAUUGCCUGCCCCUGGAAAAUAAUGAUUCCGACUAUUUUCUACGCAUGUGGAAUUCUGAAGUCGGGGAAUCAUUUCGACAGUUUAAAAUGGGAGGCAAAACAGCAUGCGAAAGCCCGGUCUCUCAGGCAUCCUCUUCAACAAAAUGUGGAUCAGUUUCAGGCAUCACUAUGGAGAACGCCCCCAUUCUAGCUGGUUCCUCUACCAUCCCGUGCAAUCAAAAUGAAGAUGCUGUAGCCAGGUCUGAUUCCUGGAGCUCCAAUGAGAUGGAGGAUUCAUCAGACACCACAUUACAGCUGCUCUUGGAUUUCCCUGUGAGCGACGACAUGAUCUUCUUAGAAAAUUCAGAUAGCUAUGCCACAUUUCCUGCCAUAAUGACUGAUAGCAGCUCCUUGAACUGCGCCCUUUAGGGCAUACUUGUCUGCAUUUCUAUUUUGAAAGCCUCCAUUGCUUGGAAUUUGAACCUUUUUUGAUAUUCCGAGCUUGGGAGGCUUAAGUAGGAGGUGCUUUGGCUGGGUACAGCUGAGUCUUAUAGGUUGUAUUGACUACAGCUUUCAUCCGCAAGCCGGUUUGUUCCAUAUAUGUAUAAACAGAAUAUCCUUGGUGCUUGUGUCCUCUAUAACAUAGGAUUUCACUACAAGCAUAUGUAUCGUUCAAUUCGUGUACUCAAAUCAUUUUGCUGCGAUUGUGCGGAUGAUAAUAUGACUACAAACUUGUCUUUCUUGAUGGUG